GCACCCUAGUUUCAAAGCUUAUUGAUUUAGUUUUCCAGAGGUUUCUUUGCCCAAAAGUUAAGAAAUGGGAUCGGGAAGCUCACCAUGUGCGUCCUGCAAAUUGUUGAGGCGUCGGUGUGCGAAAGACUGCAUCUUUGCUCCUUAUUUCCCUCCUGAUGAUCCUCAUAAGUUUGCAAUUGUUCAUAAGGUCUUUGGUGCUAGCAAUGUCAGCAAGAUGUUGCAGGAGCUCCCGGUCCACCAACGAGCGGAUGCGGUUAGCAGUCUGGUGUACGAAGCGAAUGCUAGAAUGAGAGAUCCUGUUUACGGAUGUGUGGGUGCAAUUUCCUACUUGCAAAACCAGGUGUCCCAGUUACAAAUGCAGCUUGCAGUGGCACAAGCUGAGAUCCUAUGCAUUCAGAUGCAUCAAGGGCCUGAUCAGCUGCCUGCAACUAUGGUGGAUUGUGACAUGAAAUCGUUGCUGUUAUCGGGCAAUAAUACUAGCGAUUUCGGGGACCAGUUCCUGAGCUACACUUCUUCUAGCAAUAAUGUAAUCCAGGAUCCUCUGAAAAGAGAGUCUCUUUGGACAUAAAUCUCCUAUUCUCGCUCUUUGUCGAUCAGUUAGUUUUAUGAAUUUCGGUUUUUCAAGUUUCA